UAGGAAUAGCAAGAGAAGAUAAUGAUUGUGAACAGGUAUUAGUAGGAAUAACAGGAGAUAAUUAUGAACAGGUAUUAGUAGGAAUAGCAGGAGAUAAUUAUGAACAAGUUGUAUUAGUAGAAAUAGCAAGAGAUAAUUAUAAACAUGUUGUAUUAGUAGAAAUAGUAUUAGAAGAUAAGUUAAAAAUAUUAUCAGUAGGUAAAUUAUUAUCAGAAGAUGAUAAAUUAUUAUCAGAAGGUAAUAAAUUAUUGUCAGAAGAUAAAGAUAUAUUAAUAUUACCUUAUUCUGAUAUAGAAAUAGAGCCUUUUUCAGCAAAUAUGUUCUUUUUAAUAGAAUGUGAUCCUGAAAACUAUAAAAGAGCAAAUAUAUUCUCCUUAGUAGAAUAUAAUUCUGAAGACUAUGAAAGA